AACGUCUUUUUUGAUGACGUCAUCAGUUUAUGUUUAGCGAGUGAGAAGUUACGAAAUUGACGAAUUUCAUUUGUUGCGCACGUUUGUGUACAAUUUAGUGUACGCGCUUUUAUAUUUUUAAAUCGUAACACACAACACGAACUCAUAUAUCGUAUGACGUUUAAAAUCGAAGUCCCAUGUGUAGUGUAACUGAAAGUCACCGAGACAUUCGUUACGUUACUUUUGGCGGCAUCGCAUGAAGCCACAGAAAUAGAUUUCCUUGUGCAAUAUCGGCAUGUAUUAAAAAUUCGGUAAAUUAAAUUGAGUUUCGGUGGAAUUUUGGUGAGAUCAUCAACCUUGGAUCGUUGGAAGCGAGGUGUGAAGAUGGUGUAAAGAUAGUGAUAACAACGAGGUAGUAUCAGUGAUAGAAAAAUGGAAAACCCGACGGUUAGAGAAUUGAGGUCAAGGUCUCGCUCGAAGACACCCUUCCUGCGGUCGAGCUGCGACCGUGAGAACUGCUUGGACAGUGAGGAGCACACCCACCACAAAGGAGGACGGAAAACACCAGUGAAGAGGAGCACCCCUAUCAAGCAACUAAACCAGCCAGCGAGUACAGUGACAUCAGAAACGAUAACAGAAGUGGAAGAAGAGAUCACGCAACCAGUGCACCAGACUCGACAGGCCACCAGGAAUGCAGCGCAGCUCAUAAGGACAUCUGACUACUCUUCAGAAGAGAGCCUUGACCGACUCAAGGGACACUCCAAAGAAGUUGUCCAGAACGAGAUCAACAGUCAAUAUGAGCGCGUGUCGACAAGCUCGCAGCGUUACACGUCGCUGUCUGACGUCACGCUGAGCCCCAUCUACACGUCACACGGAGUGACUCAUGACCGAUCAUCUCGUAUAGGCAGUCCUAGUUCGUACAGCGCAUGUUCGACGGACAGCUCGUUCGCUGAGCAGGCGCUUGCUGAUGCCAGCUUGCUGCUGGAACUGAACCCCAACAACGACCACCUGCCUUCCCGACUCUACAAGAUGGCACGAGAGUACUGGAAUAAAUACCCGAAGACGGACUACACAUACUCCCCGAUGUCCAAGGACCGCGUGGAGCUCGCGCCGGGUCAGGUCGCGAUGCCGAACAUGUCGCGUCGCUCGCUGUCCCAGUUCCGCGUCCAGGGACCCAACACCAGCGUGGAUGAGGUCGACCGUCUCUCCGCCACCACUUCAUGGACCACCAGCACUGUGCGACGUCGGUAUACGGCCAUAGACAGUUCGGACGACGAGUCCUCGUACCCCCACCGUAACGGCGGCGCGUACACGGCGGAGCAGCGCUGGUGGAUCACUCGCCUGCUGAUCUCCAUCGUCACCACCAUCACCAGCACCACCCGCAACACGUACCGGAAGAUCGUGGGACCCUCGCACCGAUACCCUUACACUGAUCGGAGACCGGCGAAAGCGAGCUUGGUAUCCCGGACUGCGGCAGUGGCUGCGGCGCCGUUCGUGUUUAUCUACUCGCUGAUCAAAACAGUCGUCACCACCACCGUUACUACCGUCACCGAAACUCUAACGCCGAACCACGUCGAGGUAAACAAGAAGUACAUAGCACAGAGCUACCAGGAGAAAGCUGCUGCAAAGAAACGCUGGUGGCCCUGGCUUCUGCUACUGUUGCUGCCUGCCUUCGGCUAUGGAUAUUACAACUACGGUGAACAGACGCCGCCUGCAGAGCAGUUGGUGGUGGACACGUACAAACCGCCGCAAAUCCUACAAGACCCAGACUUGAGUAAACGCGUAGCUGCUUUAGAAGACUGGGCAGUGAACGUGGACACUCGCCUGAAAUACUUUGACCAAAAGCUAUCGAGACUUGACAACCUCGAGGCUCAAAUAGAACAGUACUCACUGAAAUAUCUACAACAGAAUUUGAUUCAAGUUUUUAACGAGAAUGACAACGCGGGUGUGUUGGCUGCGAAGCUGAAGGAAUAUUUCGACAAGGACUAUGUAAGUAAGGAGCAGAUGCAGGCAAUGAGCCAGGAGAUUCAUGAGCGGUUGAUUAGUACUUGGAAGCCGGAUAUGGACGAGGAUAGGAUCCGUCAGAUGGUGCAGGAGUACCUGGCAGUGUUUGAAAGGCAACAGAUGGAGAUUAUCGUGGAGAGGGUGAAGGAAUACGUGAAGGAACUAGAGGUGCAGACCGUCCACACCGGUAUAGAUGUCGAGGCUGUGAAGCGGAUUGUCGCCGGCAUGCUGAACGUGUAUGACGCUGACAAAACUGGCUUGGUAGACUACGCGUUGGAGUCUGCAGGUGGCCAAGUGGUCUCAACGAAGUGUACGGAGCUAUACCAGAUCAAGACAAAGCAGUACAGCAUCCUAGGUCUGCCAGUGUGGUGGGUGUACACGUCCCCGCGGUACGCGCUCACUCCUGGAGCCAUGCCCGCCGAGUGCUGGGCCUUCCAGGGCUUCCCCGGGUACCUGGUGGUGCGGACAUACGCUAUUAUCGAGGUGACAGGAUUCUCGCUGGAGCACAUGUCUCGGCUGUUGGCAGUUGAAGGCAAGAUCGAGUCUGCGCCGAAGAACUUCUCUGUUUACGGUCUGCACGGCGAGAUGGACCCCGACCCGCAUUUGUUCGGAGACUAUCAGUACGACGCCAAUGGCACGGCCAUACAGUACUUCCCGGUACAAUACCCUAAGACGACCAACAUCGGCGGAGUCGAGUACCCAGUCGCUUACGACAUAAUUGAGCUGAGAGUUGAGAGUAACCAUGGCAACCCUACCUACACCUGCGUCUACAGGUUCAGAGUACAUGGCAACCCUCUGUCGGACAUCCGCAGGGCCACAGAGGACAGUAUAAAGGACAGUGAGACGUAGCAUACACUAAAACUAUUUCUUAAGGAAUUGAGAUGUCACGGAAUUGAACAUUGUGAACUGUGAACAGUGGAAACUGGAAAACUCGUCCAAUCAAUUGUGUUCAGUAAUGAGGAUAGCAAUCAUUCCUAGGCAUAUUGAGUGUAGUGUCAAGUGGCCUUAUAUAAAUUCUUAAUAUUGAUAGUACAAAAACUGUGUGACUGUAAGACUAUGAACCAGUGUGCUUGCAACCAGUGAAGUUACGUUCAUGAAAUCUCCGAUACCGCACAAUGUCCGCAAUACGCUUAGUUGUUCUGAGUACUUUUUAACUGUAUUUAUACUUAGAUUUUUAAUGAAUUUUAAGUUUUUAUUGUAUUAAGGUUUUAUUUCAUAAUAUUAAUAUUAAUUAGUUUAUAAUGAUGUGUAUGUACUGUUGGUUUAGAAACGCGAUAUGAAUUUUGAUGAAGUCCAAAAAAGAUUUAGUUUAUAAUCAUGCAAUUUACAUUAUACACAGAAGCAUUAAUUUAAUUUACUAAUGGAAUCAUAAUCAUGGUUGUUCUUGCAAAUAAAUCAGGUAGCUACUAGUAUUAAAUACUUGCGUAAGCUGUCGUAUGUCGUUUCUAAAUCCGCACUAUUUUAUUGAGUAAUUAGGCUUAAUGAAGGAGCUAGUCCCGUUAGAUUUUAAUAAAUUCUAUGCCAAUAUAAUGUUAAGUGUUUUAUGGUUUGUCUCAAAAUCUAAUGUAGCCACUGUAGAGCGUAACAUCCCUGCAAUUUUGAGAAUCUUACUAGAAGAUAGUUUAGUUUGUAAAUAUUUAAGCACUGCUUGUUCUAUGGUCCUAUUAUUGCGUAUUUAAUACGACCCACGUCGGGUUUGUGUUAACUCUAGAACGGUAAAAUGCCGUUACUAUGUCGUAGUUUUGUCUCACUUAAACCUCCUAAAUUGUUAAUGUUACAAUUUCUAUAUUAGUGAAGAAUAAUUGAAUUAUUUUUUGUGUUUUAUCCCGAUCCCUAUUAUAAGGGACUUAUAAAACGACCAAUAAGUAUGUGUACCUAAAAUAGGUAAACUUUUUGCCUACCCUGAAGAAAGGCGUAUUUGAUGCGGUUGUUUCUUAAAUGUUUUGCUUAGAUUUUGUAAUAAUAGGGCCAAAAUUCACCUCUUAUCUCUCUCCUAGCUCAUUAUCAUGUCGAAUGAAAACUUUGAAAAUAAGACUAUGUUGUGUAGUGCCCACAGACUUGGAAGUUUUAUAAUGUUGAAGUAGGUUUACGUAGUUUAAAGUUACCACUAACAAAUAAUAUUUUUCCAGUGAAUAUGGACGGUUUUAAUGAAAUUGGCAAGCAAAUGUUGUACCAAAAAUAUUUAUAGUUUAUCUUACCAGUGAUUUGUUGGUGUUUACGUUUUAUCUUGUAUCGUUUGAGAUCGAAAACUUAACAUGGAAUAUAUAGAAAAUCUGGUUAGUAUGUGUAUUUUUCUCUUUACAUAAAUAAUCAAGUGAAAGCGUAAACAUUAAAUAAAUGUUGAAUUGUCUCAGAGUUUAAUCUUAAAAGAUAAAUCAUGUCAAUUAAUCGGAGUUAUAUUUUUCGACGCAUCGUGUUUCCUUUCUUUUCUUCAAGAGAAUAAUAUUAUGCAUAAUUUAUAAGUGAACCUAAUACUGUAGAACUGAGUACAACGGUGUUUUGGAAUAAAUAAAGAUGUAUUUAGUGUCUGUACAAAGUUUAUAGUGUAAAAUAAUAUAUUAUGACAAUAAACUUACUGUUCUUUGCGCCGAUCGCCACACACCCGAUGAUGUUUUAUACAUUUUGACAGUUUUAUCUUGUUAAUUUUUACUAUGUUUUUAACUAACCGAUACUGCUAAUUAUGUGGAAUAUUUGUGAUGUUCGAAAUAAAAAGUCGUAUGAUAAA